AUGUAUCACCCAGUGGUGGAUCCUUCUUAUGACGCCAACUGCCCUAAUGUGACGUCACCUGUUUGUGCUACAAAUGGCCACACUUACCAGAAUGAGUGUUUCUUUUGUGUUGAAUAGUGGGAAUUUGGUGAUCAUAUUCAAUUUGAAAAAUAUGGAAAAUGUGAUAAAUGA